GAUGUUGGCAAAACCCUGAGCAGCUGCGAGGCGGCGAAGGCCCCGAUCCCAAAGCCGGUUUCCCCGGAGCUGCAGAGGACCGUUCAGAGCCUCUCUGAGAUGAGCCAGCUGGUCGUGGGUGCAGUGGCCAAAUUCAAAGUGAACCUGCUGAGCGAGAUGGACGGAGAAAUGGUGAGGGUGACGCUGGACCCGGAGACGGCGAGUCCGUACCUGAUCCUUUCGAGGGACCGCAAAACCGUGCGGCUGGGAGACAAAGAGCAAAACCUCCCCGACACCCCCAAGAGAUUCACGGGCAGCCCCAGCGUCCUGGGCUCCCAGGGGUUCGUGGCCGGGAGGCAUUACUGGGAGCUGGAGGUAGGGAACGGGGACAGCUGGGCCGUGGGGGUGGCCGUGGAGUCCGUGCGGAGGAAGGACUCGCUCAGCAAGGCCAUGGGGAAGAUCUGGGCCCUGCGGCUGGGCUGGGAUCGCCAGUACACGGUGCUCCACAUGCCCCCCACCCCGCUGGUACUGAAUGAAGAGCCCCAGAAGAUCAGGGUCCACCUGGACUACGAAGCGGGCGAAGUGACCUUCUACAAUGCAAAGAACAUGGUGCAGAUCUUGCAGUUGAAGGCCUCCUUCAGCGAGAAGGUCUUCCCAUACUUUUGGCUCUGGUCACAAGAAAGCUACAUCCAGCUGUGUGCCUGA